CGGCGCUUUGAGGACGGGCGAGGAAAGUCUUCCUCUCUUACGUCGAUUAAUUAAAUUAUUUCGGUUUGCAGUAUUUGGAAAGGAGAGGGACAUUUCAAAGUUGACUAACUCUGCACAUCUUUAGUAUCGCCAUUUUGAUUGCUUUCCGGAACAAGUUUGCCUGUUCCUUUUUCCCCCUCAGCCCAUCAUCUCCAUUCACCAUCAUCAGUAUGUCUCGGCGUAAGCAGCCCAACCCCAACAAAGUCAGACUGUAAGCAGUGUGUGUUUGCUGGGCACGUGAGGUGUGUGGUGAGGUGAGGUGACCUGCACCCCGCUCAUCUGUGGCCAUCUUUAGCACCUGUAUCUGUGGAUGGUGAUGGAGAAUGGUCCAGAGAACAAGUUAUCAGGGGAGGAAGCUGCUCUCACAAUGACCACCAGAGAGAAGGAACCAGAAGAAAAGUGCAAUGACCUCUACACAGAAGACCUAGCUGAACACAGAGUGAGAGAAGAUAUAGCCAUGAGUUGUGACGAUGGAGCAGCGGGUGCUCAUGACGUGUUGGAGGAGACAUAUGGGGUGGACCUCUCCUCCAUCAACUCAAUGAUGUCCACUGUGAUGGGUGUGUCCACACUGAGCGGCUCGGUGGUGGAUUCAGCCUCAUGCACCCCCACAAAGAGUCCUGUCCACAGCAAGUCCAUUAACAGCAGAUCCCCUACCAUCAGCCGCGCAGCAAGAAAGAAUCCGGAAGCCAAAGAGGAUGGUACAUCUUUCAUCUGCCCUCUAUGUGACAAGGAUUGCUUAACCCAGCAUCAACUCACUACACACAUCCGCCAGCACAAUCAGGACAAUGGUGCAGCUGACCACUCAUGCAGUAUCUGCGGCAAGUCCCUGAGCUCAGCCAGCUCACUGGACCGUCACAUGCUGGUCCACAGCGGUGAGCGGCCCUACAAGUGCUCUGUCUGUGGACAAACCUUCACCACCAACGGCAACAUGCACAGACAUAUGAAGAUUCAUGACAAGGAGCCAGCCGGCCCCAUUCCCAUUAGUCCACCCUCUCCCACAAAGCGCAGACGUGCCUCAGCCAAGAGGAAGGGUAGUCAGGAUGAGGAUGGAGAGCAAACGGAGAAAGCCAACAACAACAUGGUGUGUGUAUCUGAAGAAAAGGAUACUGAAAAUGCUUCUCAGGACAAAGGUGAAGAUGACAAGCUGCCCUGCCCUAUUUGCUUGAAAGCAUUCAGAUGUAAGAGCGACCUAGAGACCCACAUGGAUACACACCCGGACUCUAGCCUAAGGUGUGAUCUCUGCUGUCUCUCAUUCCGCACUCACCGCAGUCUUCUACGUCACAAUGCCACCACCCACCACCAACUUCCCACAGAUUCCAGCGGCCAGCCUUUUAUCCAGAGUAACCCAUCCAUUUCCCUCGGUUUCAAUGACCUGGCCUUCAUCGACUUUUCUUGCCUCAAGUUCCCUCAGAUUGCACAGGUUUGGUGUGAAACCAACUUGCGUCGGUGCACCAGCAAAUUCCACCGCUUUGUGUGUGAUGAGUGUGACAAGGCUUUCCCUCUUCAAUCUGCUCUUGACCUGCAUAAAGACACCCACAUACAAAAAGAUGGCUCACCUGACCCUCCCCCCUCUCUUGGAGCUGAAAAAGCAGAGACCCCAUCACCUGAUCAGUUCUCUUUUAUGGGCUGUCUGGGCCUGCAGCACAUUUCCAUGGUCAAGCCUACCCCUUCUGAGGAAGAAGCUUACCAGGCGAAGUUGGACAGCAUACGGGUCAUUUAUGUGGAGCAGCCCACACCCUCCUUGCCACAAGAGGGUCAUGUCAUGACAGGGCUGAGUGGGAUGGGUUUUCACCUUUUGGACUCAUUGUCACUCCAGAAUCUCUCACAGCGCGAGGCUCUAAGCAUCCUAUCCCUCAAGCCAUUCCAGGGAGGGUUUGUUCUUCAGCCAGAUGCGGGUGCUGUAGCCAAGCCCAUGUGUGGAGAGGAUGGUCUAGAGCUGGCUGACAUCCAACAGAUCCUGAAGGUGGCAUCUGCGGCACCUAACCAGAUUGCACUGCCCACCUUGUCCAAGGCACCAUGUAGUACUACGCAGGCAGCUGGUCACAAGCAGAUGCCUCCUCUCAAGCCCAAGCCACUGGUGACUCCGCGGACCAAUAUGAGUGCUUCUACCCCUCCCUCACUGAUCACUACACAACAGGCUUCACUUGGCUGCAUCAGUCCCAAUCUGCCUCCCCCAAAUAGUCAGCUACUCCGUAACUCUAGGGAAAUGUCCAACGCUUUGUCUUCCUCCUCCGCUGUCUCUGGUUGUCAGGUGUCUUCAGAAAGAAUGCAGAUGGAGGCAGACUGCAUGGGUGAUGCUCAAAUGCCACAGGAGUCGAAUGAACUUAAGAGUGAGGCAGGCAUGGGUGCUGAGGGUGGAGAAAAGAAGGCCUCAGGCUCAGGGGCCCAGAAGGCAUCCUAUCCUUGCAGGUUCUGUAACCAGGUCUUUGCCUUCUCUGGUUUGCUGCAAGCCCACAUGCGCUACCACUUGGGGAUCCUGCCCCGCCAGUGCAACAUUUGUGACUAUGUAGCACCCGACAAAGCCACACUGAUUCGCCACCUGCGCACACAUAGUGGUGAGCGGCCCUAUGUUUGUCGUGUCUGCCAUUAUCCCUUCACUGUCAAGGCCAACUGUGAGCGUCAUUUGCGCAAGAAGCAUAUGAAGAACACACGAAAAGAGAUUGAGAAGAAUAUCAAGUAUGUCACCUCCACCUCUACAGCCUUCUCACCAGUUUCUACCCAAGAGGCCACCCUGGAGCAGGUGGGGACCGGCGAGACUGUUUGUCGCUUCUGUGGGGAGGAUCUGAAAACCUACCGAGCCCUACAGAUCCACCUCCGUACCCACAGUGGUUGUCAGCGCAAGCCUUUUGAAUGCCGCCGCUGUGGGGCUGCUUUCCUGACCAAGAGAAACUGCAUCCACCACCUACUCAAAGGGCACCCUGAGAUCCAGGAGCAGAUUGAGGAGCAUAUAGCUAUAAUACCAGCUGGAACUGCCUUGCAACCAAGACUUAAUUCCCAGCCGGUCAAUGGCCUGUCUGCCUCCUCCACAUCUCCUAUUGUGGUGCCCAUUCUCCCUGUGAAGAUGGAAGAUCUCAGCUUCUACAGUGGGGAGCUUGAACAGCCCCUAGACUUUUCAAACAAACAUGUUGGAGGAAGCAAUACUGAAUUGCCACAGAUAAAAGUAGAGGGUAGCAUCUCCUCUCUAUUAACCGAUGACUGCAACAUGGAGCCUAUUGACCUUUCCAUACCAAAGAACCCAGAGAAGCGAAUGAAGAUGGAGAUGACCGUUUCAGCGCUGGAACAAAGAGAGUUCAAGAAGGAGACCUCAUUCAUUAGCCCCCUAGACCACAGUGUGAAGCAGACCCUACAGAGAGAGAAGGAUGAGAAGUUGUUGCAGCAAGGGGGCUACCAGACGCCCUUGGCUGUUGCCUCAGCCCUCAGUGUAGGGGGGCCUGCUGGUCGGGCCCUACGACUAAAACCUCUACUGCCCAAACCAGUCUCCUCAUCCACUUCCUCCUCCACCCUGAAAGAGUUGCCACCACUAGCCUCCAUAGCCCAGAUUAUCUCCUCUGUGUCAGGAGCUCCGGAUCUUCUGAAGAGAGACUCUCUUAGGGAGAACAAUGGCAGCCCUAACAUGCAAAGAGAGAGAGACUCGACUGGCAAAGUAGAGUCAGCCUCCCAGGACGGCUUGUUGGAUGAGCUUCCCUUGGAGGGAGCAGCUAGAAGGUGCAGGAAAAGACCUGUGAAAAGCAUGAAGGGUGCAGACAUAAACAAAGGAAGCACAGGCAGUAGUAUUGAUCUUGAGUCCGGUGGUGAAUUUGCCAGUAUUGAAAAGAUGCUAGCCACAACCAACACCAACAAGUUUAGUCCCUACCUGCAGUCAGAUGAUUUAGAAGUUGGUCAGAAGGAGGGAGAUGUUUUACGUGAGAAAAGUGAAAGGAAUGAAGAGAAACAGCAGCUGCACCCUCAGAAAGGUCAACAGCUGUGCAAGCACAACCCAGCUCCAAGCCAGCUGCAGCAACCACCAAAGGGGAAGAAGAAUGCCUACUCAAACUCUGUGCAGAAGAUGACCUGUCCUUUCUGUCCAAGAGUUUUCCCCUGGGCCAGCUCCCUGCAGAGGCAUAUGUUGACACAUACAGGUCAAAAGCCAUAUCCAUGUCCCAAAUGCGACGCUUUUUUUUCCACAAAAUCUAACUGUGAGCGUCACCUGUUGCGUAAACAUGGCGUGACCAAUAGAGUGCUGCGUCGCAAUGGUGUCUUGCCAAAGGUCAAAGAAACUGAAGAGGGUUCACCUGAGAGUGCAGAGAGUAUGUCUGAAACAGAGCUCCCCACAGCAGAAGCUAUGGAUGAGAGUGGAGCUGACCAUUGUUCCCAGUUCACCAUCCCUGGAACUCAGCAGCCUUCCCCUCCAACAGCCAUUUCUACUGAUGCUACCACCCCCAGUGCUGACAAAGACUGCACAAAGCAGGAGGAAACUGAGAUGCUGACAGACCUUGCACAGGAUAGCACAAACCUCCCUACCACCCAUGACAAUGAUGAUGAUGCCCACAGCAGCAAGAGCCUAGACUUCAAUUUUGCCAGCAAACUGAUGGACUUCAAACUCUCAGAGCAUGGACCGCAGUCCCAAACAUACACAGCAGAUGGAGGCAGUGAGAAGAAUGUAGCAGUAGAGAUAGAGGAGUCAGCACCACCUCCAGAAGACACCAAGCACACCUGCAAGACCUGUGGGAAAAGUUUCCGUUAUGCUGCUACACUUGCCCGACACGAGAAGGCUCACGUCUGUGAGAGCAUUAUUGGGAGCCAUUACAAAGAAGAUAAGAACAAUUGCAUAGCAAUAAAAAGGGAGGAGGAGGAAGACAUGGAAGCUGAGGAGGACAAGAAAAGUGCAGCGGAGAACAGUAUGGAGAGUGGCUCAGAGGAAGAGGAGGAGGUGGACCAGAGUGAUGAGGAAGGCUUAGAACCAAAGGACAACGAGGGGGAUACUGGAGGGGAGAUCAAGGCAGACAAGAGGAAGAAGGUCUGCAAUGUGUGCAGCAAGCGCUUCUGGAGUCUACAGGACCUAACCAGACAUAUGCGUUCUCAUACAGGAGAGCGGCCGUACCGGUGCACUACUUGCGAGCGCACCUUCACCCUGAAGCACAGUCUGGUUCGCCACCAGCGCAUCCACCAAAAACCUCACAGCGAGGUGACCAAUGGUGGGGGGUCGGCAUCGUCAGGGGGCUCCGCUAGUGAAGGAGAGAGCUCCCAACCUGGCACCAGCCCCCAUUCUGACAAUGAGCAGGAGCAGGAGAGUGAGCCGACUGAGAAAGUAAGUGAGGUGCUUGCACAAGUCAGCACUGCAGAGGACCCUCGAGAAGCCCCCAAAGUGGAGGACCCAGCAGAGACCUCGAGCACUGAGGCUGAGCCAGGAUCACGGGUUAAGGAUGAUCCUGAGCCAGAUACUGUUUCUGAAAUGCCUGAGGAAGCUGUGCAAAAAGAAGGUGUUCUCCCCUCUAAGACCUCCCCUCAGCCAGAGCCAGAGGAUUCAGUGGAUGAUACCCCCAGUAAUGGUUUCAUCCAGGGACUACUUGAGAUCCACACUGCUAAGCCUUCCCUUGAGCACAUGCUGCCAGCUGCUGAGCAUCCCUUUGUGAGGGUGGAUUAGGGGAAGACUCCAAAUUUAUUUUGAGGUGCUCUUUUUUUCUAUGCAGUGAAACGUUUGCGGAUUUGCUGGACACUGUGCCAUACAAUGAAGUGUUGUGGAAACUUAAUAUAAACGGGACACAUCAGACGACCGUGUGAACUUUCAGAACUUAGUGGUAUUUCCAAGUGCCUUGCUACUUCUUUGGGCUCUGUCUGUAUCAGUAUGUGCUGAAUCGAUUUUUAAGCUCAGUAUUUUAUGAUUAUCUUUUUAAAUGACUUUACAGACGCAAUAAACAGAAUACCUAUGUUAAUGUUA